AUGACAUCGAAGAAUACCAAAACUAUGAAUCAAUCAGUCUUGGUCGUUUUGACAAUGCUUUCCACUGGGAAUCUUGCCUCCGCCUUUGUGACACCAUCGAGUGGAAAGAUGAUGCAAGCUAUGACAACAGCAAAAUCAAGACAAUACUCACUACUUGCAACCGCUGAGGAUGAACAAAAAUUCGAUGAAUUCUUGGCGAAAAAUGAACUGAAAAGAGCUGUUGACGUAUUCAAGAGUUACCCCGAUCUGGAGUUGACAAGAGACAGAUGGAACAGUAUUUUCGAUACGAUCGAAGAAGUAACAACAGAUGCAGAAGAAAUCAAUAUGAAUAAGCGGAUGGAAGGAGAGACGAAGCUAUUAUCAAAAAGCAGAAGAGAUAUGACUGAUAUGUACACAGCAUUGAAAAAUCAGGGAGAACUUCGGUUAUUUGGAGCCAUAAACAAAGAAAACAUGCCUGCCAAUGGAAGUCAUUCCGUUCAACCCACCAUGUUGGAGCAGAUUUCAUCAGUAUCCUUGGAUCAACUGACGCCAAAGCCAAGCAACACCAUGCUCUUUGCCGGCAUUUCGCUGGCAACUCUCGAGGCUAUCAUCAGUGGGGUGUAUGGAAUCGACUUGAACUUUUUGUUUUUUGCAACCAUUAUUGCGUCACUUGGCGAUCGAAUCCUACUGAAUGGAGCAAUAUCUGAAACUUUCCUCAAGACGAUCUCUCCCAAAACACAACCUAAAAUCACCAGACAUGAAGCUGGACAUUUCCUUUGCGCAUACUUGCUGGGUUGCCCAGUAGAAGGAUACGUUCUGUCAGCGUGGGCCGCCUUGAAGGAUCCAAGAUUUGGAUCCAGGGCCGUUUCCGCUGGUACCUCAUUCUUUGAUCCCGCCCUUUCUGCACAGAUUGAAUCGACCAAAAUUACCCGAUCGUCUAUUGAUCGAUACAGUGUCAUUGUCAUGGCAGGUAUCGCCGCUGAAGCACUCAACUAUGGUCAGGCAGAUGGAGGAGCAGGUGACGAAGCAGCUCUCAUCACAUUCCUUGCCAAUCUCAAUGGCCCACCGUCGGCAACUCCAGCAUGGAACGACAUCACGAUUCGAAACCAAGCUCGCUGGGGUGCGCUACAAGCCGUACUUAUGCUGAAGGAAUACAAGGAGUGCUACGAUGCGUUGGUGGAUGCUUUGGAACGAGGGGGGUCUUUGGGAGACUGCAUAUAUGCUAUCGAAAACGCUGGUAGAAUACAUAACAAGGUGCCUCUACAGAAACCACUUGGAUAUAUUCUGGAGAAGGAAACCGAUGAGGAAUGGGUAACAGAGUUGCCUCAGUCAGAAACAGCGCAAGAAGCUGUGGUGCAAAAAGCGGAACCAGCAAAGCCGAUGGAUGCAGCAGAAUCCCUAGAAACAUUAAAGGAACUCAAGGAGCUUGCACAGCAACGAGUAAAAGAAAUCGAAGAAAAGCUGGAAAAACUCAGAUAA